AUGUCAAGGCGUCGCAUGUACAGCACUGAGGAGGCAUAUGCCUUCUUGGCAUCUUCCUCUGGUUCAGAUAGUGGUGAAGAGUUGUUAUAUUUGCCCUCUUCUUCUUCCUCUUCCACUGAUUCUGACGAGGAACCUCCCCGCCACCGCCCUAGGCCAGGUCCUAGUACCAGUCCUAGUACCAAUAUUGAGCCAGGUCCUAGUGCCAUCUCUGAGUGGGCUCCAGCUUCAAACUUUAUACCCAAUUUGCCUGAGUUUGUGGCCACUGCAGGCAUUCGUGUUGACACCGUGGGGUUGAAAGAAGCUGAUUUUUUUCAGCUCUUCUUUUCAGAAGAGCUGAUUAAUUUGAUAGUGGAGGAAACCAACCGGUAUGCUGAGCAAUUCAUUGCGGCCAAUCCACAGGCAUAUCAUGCUAGGCCUUAUCAAUGGAUGCCAACCAAUGCACUAGAGCUCAAAAUUUUUUUUGCCCUUUUGUUUAACAUGGGCAUAGUUAAAAAGCCCACAAUUCGCUCCUAUUGGAGUAAUGAUAUGCUUUACCAUACUCCACUGUACCGGUCGGUCAUGCCAAGGAAUCGGUUUGAAGCCCUCCUCAAAUUUCUACAUUAUGCUAAUAAUGAAAAUUGUCCACCUCCCAGUGAUCCAAAUUUUGAUCGCAUAUAUAGAAUUCGGCCCCUUGUUAAUUAUUUAAAUCAAAAAUUUUCUGAAGUUUACACCCCAGAAAAAGAGAUUGCAGUGGACGAAUCUCUUGUGCACUUCAAAGGAAGGUUGCACUUUAGGCAAUACCUGCCUAACAAACGGGCCAGGUAUGGGGUAAAACUUUAUAAGUUGUGCGAGAGCGCAACCGGCUAUACGCACAAAUUCAGAGUCUAUGAGGGGAAAGACUCUAAAAUAGAGCCCCCAGAGUGUCCCCCCGGACUAAAAACAACGGGAAAAAUAGUAUGGGAUCUAGUUCACCCCCUGCUAGAUCAAGGGUAUAACAUCUACCUUGAUAAUUUUUACACUAGCGUCCCAUUACUACAAUGCCUGUUUGCCAAGGGGACUGUGGCCUGUGGUACCAUCAGGCGAAAUCAAAGGGAUCUGCCUAAAAUUUUUGUACGGCAAAAGUUGAAGAAGGGGGAAAGCAAGGCUAUGUGCAAGGACAACAUGAUGCUUGUGAAGUACCAGGACAAGCGUGAUGUUCUUGUACUAACCACCUUACACCCAAAAACCCCUAAACCGGUGUGUAUUCAGGACUAUAAUAAGUUCAUGGGAGGGGUGGAUCUGUCAGAUCAGGCCUUGCAGCCGUACACUGCCCUACGCAAAACUAAGACCUGGUAUAAAAAAUUGGCACUGCACCUCUUCCAAAUUACCAUGUACAAUUCAUUUGUGGUGUACAAACGUGCAGGAAAUACAUGCACAUACCUGCAAUUCCAGGAAAAUGUUAUUAAGGACUUUCUGUUUGGGGAUCCGGAAGGGGAGGAAAGCAGAGCCACAGGAUCGGAGAACAGAAUAGUUCCAGGGCAACAUUUUCCUGCGGUAGUUCCCCGUAGAGAAUCGGGGAGUAGGCAACAGAAGCGGUGUCGGGUGUGCUCCAAGCGUGGCAUUAGAAAAUGCACUAUAUACCACUGUGAGACAUGUCCCCACAAACCCGGUCUGUGCAUUUAA